AUGACUAUCGACAUCAUUCUCGGGGCCCAAUGGGGCGACGAAGGCGUGGGUCCUCGAUUCGAACCCAAUACGACCCGGCAUCCAAAAACUAACGAUACUAAGGGAAAGCUGGUUGAUAUCCAGUCCCGGGACGCGCAACUUGUUUGCCGAGCUGCCUCAAAGGGUGGAUGGGGUCUCCUACAGGUAAAGAACGGGCCGGCGUCGAAGCUGUGGAAGGCUAUUGACUUGUAG